CGAUGGCCGCGGAGCUGAGCAUGGGGCCUGAGCUGCCCACCAGCCCGCUGGCCAUGGAGUAUGUCAACGACUUCGACCUGCUCAAGUUCGACGUCAAGAAGGAGCCUCUGGGGCGCGCGGAGCGCCCGGGACGGCCCUGCACGCGCCUGCAGCCCGCCGGCUCGGUGUCGUCCACACCGCUUAGCACGCCGUGUAGCUCGGUGCCCUCGUCGCCCAGCUUCAGCCCGACCGAACAGAAGACCCACCUGGAGGACCUGUACUGGAUGGCGAGCAACUACCAGCAGAUGAACCCCGAGGCGCUCAACCUGACGCCCGAGGACGCGGUGGAGGCGCUCAUCGGCUCGCACCCGGUGCCACAGCCGUUGCAAAGCUUCGACGGCUUCCGCGGGGCGCACCACCACCAUCACCACCACCACCCGCACCCGCACCCACACCCACACCACGCGUACCCGGGCGCCGGCGUGGCCCACGAAGAGCUGGGCCCGCACGCCCACCCGCACCAUCACCACCAUCACCAAGCGUCGCCGCCGCCGUCCAACGCGGCCAGCCCCACGCAGCAGCUGCCCACCAGCCACCCCGGGCCUGGGCCGCACGCGGCGGCCGCGACAGCGCCUGGAGGGGGCGGCAGCGUGGAGGACCGCUUCUCCGACGACCAGCUCGUGUCCAUGUCCGUGCGCGAGCUGAACCGCCACCUGCGGGGCUUCACCAAGGACGAGGUGAUCCGCCUGAAACAGAAGCGGAGAACCCUGAAGAACCGGGGCUACGCCCAGUCGUGCAGGUAUAAACGCGUCCAGCAGAAACACCACCUGGAGAAUGAGAAGACGCAGCUCAUUCAGCAGGUGGAGCAGCUUAAGCAGGAGGUGUCCCGGCUGGCCCGCGAAAGAGACGCCUACAAGGUCAAGUGCGAGAAACUCGCCAACUCCGGCUUCAGGGAGGCGGGCUCCACCAGCGACAGCCCCUCCUCUCCCGAGUUCUUUCUGUGAGUCCUGGCCCGGCCCGGCCCCCGCCCUGGCCCUGGCCCGGGCUCCCCGUCCCGUGUUCCCAGCCCCGGACUCCCCUGGACCCUGUCCCUGCCACCAGCCCCAGCCCUGACCUGUUUGACUUGAGGGAGAGGGAGGAAGGGCGCGCGGGACACGGGCGAAGGGAGGGCGCGCGCGGGCAGGCUGGGGACCUUGCCCAAGGCGAGAGCGGCGCGCGCCAGCGCCGCCUCCUAGACUCGAGCAGAGCCAGAGAGAGGCGAGGGGGUGGGAAGUCCCGGAGCAACUUUUCUUCAGGCUGAAGGGCGGCGAGGCAUAGUCCCGAGGAGUCGCCAAGGCCGUCUGGAGACUCGUGGCUUUCUGAACUCUGUGCGUUAAGCCGGGGCGGCUACCUCACGGCCCAGAGCGCAGUCCAGCCCGGGAAGAGAGCAGCGAGGAGAGGAGAGGAGAGGGACCCUGGCAGGCGUCCUGGCAGGCGCGAGGCGAGGAAGGAAGGACAGACGGACCUGUCUGUCCAGGGUCCGGAGAACACUGGCUCUCAGCCCGGAGACGCGGGCCUCAGUUAGAACAUUCUGCGCGCAAAUAUCAUCAGUUUUAUUGCCUGCUCGAUUAUAUAGAAAAAAUACGAAAAUCUGCAUUAAAAAUAUUAAUCCUGCAUGCUGGACAUGUAUGGUAAUAAUUUCUAUUUUGUACCAUUUCCUUGUUUAACUUUAGCAUGUUGUUGAUCAUAGAUCAUAACCCCUUGUUUCUUUGAGUGAGAAGGGAACGCAGUUCGGAAACUCCAGCGGCUGCUUGCCGGGUUUCAGUCCCGGCUAGCGGCUUGUAAAUACCCGCCUGCCAAACCGCAUAGAGAACGUGGCAGCAAGUUGAGUGUCUUUGUUUGGAUAUAUUAUUAUGACUUUUUUUUUUUGUAAGUAAGAAAAAAAGUUCUGGGCAUUUUGCAUCAGAAAACAACUUUGUCUUGGGCACCUUUGGAAGUUGUUUGUUUUCUCCUGCUGCUGUAGCCUCUUGCCCUCUUUUAUCUCCCUCUUUAGUUUUCAGUUUUGUUGGUUCUGAGAGAAAGAGGACUGGGGUCCCAGAUCCCGAGUACCCGGGCAGGGCAGCUGCGGAGUUGCAAACCCCGAAGGGCCAGGAAGGUCCUUGCUUCCACCAUGUCUUAUGGCUAAACUGACACCCCUAACAAGAGAGGAAAGGAAAACAGAUCUUGUUUGCCUUUUUAUUGCCAUCAGAAUCACCCCAGGGCCCCUUCGCAAACUUCUAGGCCUGUACUCAUUGCUGGAGCCGCUGUGCCCCUAGGGUGAGUGGCCUCACCAUCUCGGACACUGCCCUAUGGUGACCUGAACCUGUGUUGAACCAACAUCCACACUCAGAAAGUACUGGAAACCCAAACACUGGCAAGUAAUUUUGCAACUUUCACAUGUUAUGUGUGUUUCUUUCCCUGCUUUUGAGAUACCAGGCGAGUUACUGGCAGUGUUCCCCCCUUCCCCUUCAGUUGUAUAGUAGUUAUAGGGAAGAUCUGGGUGUUUUUCUUUAUUAUUACUUUUUUUUUUUUCCUGCAGGUCAGUAAAAGGAUUUAAGUUGCACUGACAAAAAUACCAAAACAAAAGAGUGUUUUUUAGUUCCCAUUUGAAAUUGCUGGCGCUGCUGGCCGGAUGCAUUUUUGGGUUUGUAUUAGUUGAUAAAUUAACAGUAAUAACAAGAUUGUAUGAACCGCAUGGUGCUUGCAGUUUUAAAUAUUGUGGAUAUUCGUCCUGCAUCAGAAACAAGCUUUGGUUUUUACAGAUUCAACUGUGUUGAAAUCAAAUUUGCCGCAACAGAAAUUGUUUUUAUUUCAUGUAAAAUAAGGGAUCAAUUUCAAACCCUGCUUAUGAUAUGAAAAUAUUAAAACCUAGUCUAUUGUAGUUUUAUUCAGACUGGUUUCUGUUUUUUGGUUAUUAAAAUGGUUUCCUAUUUUGCUUAUUAAAACCACGGAAAUGGUGUUUA